AUGCCUUGUGAAUUCAUGACUCCUAUUCCUUUCCUUCGCUCUCACUUCUUCCUCUGCUACUACUAUCGCCAGUCCACCAUACUCUCGCUCUUCUUGCCCUUCCUGGUUGGAGAGAGAGAGAGAGAGAGAGAGAGAGAGAGAGAGGGGAGAGCACACACAGACACAGCUGCACAGGAACAGCAAAGCAGACGACCCACCGCGCAUACUACAUACUCCACGGACGCGCUCCUCCGCGUCUCUUGUGCGAGCGCCAACUCGCCUCUGCUGUCCUUGUUCACCAGCUGUGUACUUCUCUUGUAUGCCUGCGUCCGCGGCUCUGCCUGGGCGUGGUCGCCGAGGGGACUACCGCCGCUGCUUCUCCUCGCGUCGGCUGCCGUGACCCACCCACCCGAUUCACCUCCGGUGAUGGCAGAGGCCGACCGUGACCGGAUGCGCCUCCGCGCCGCCGCGCUCACGCUGCACGACGCCGGCGCCAGGGACAAGCCGGACCGGAAAGCCGACGUCUUCGCGGAUCUCGGUUCGCCGGUCUCGCCGCUGCGCCUGCGCCCGGCAGCAGCCACGCCCUCGUCCUCGUCCUCCUCCGCCGGCUCCGCCAAGUCGCCGGCGCCGGGCAAUGCGGCCAUGGGGAGGGGAGCUCGGGGGAGCCACUCGGGCGAGCUGGCGCCGGAGACCACCAAUCCGCCGCGCCCGCCUGGCCACCGCCGCUCCGGAUCUGGCCCGCUCAUUUUCUCCGGCGCCAGCAGCAGCGCCGGCAGCGUCGGAGGAGGAGGGGGAGGCGGCGGGAGCGGGAGCGGGAGCACCGCCAGCUCGCCGCUCACCAAUGCGCUCCCCACAGGCAACAUCUGCCCGUCCGGCCGCGUCGCGGGGGCGGCAGCGGCCGCCACGCAGCCGCCGCGCGCUCGCCCAGUCGUGCUCGGAUCCGGCACCGGCCACUACGGCCACGGCAGCAUCAUGCGCGGUGGUGGAGCGGCUCCCGCGAGGACUAGCGUUGACGCGGCCCCGCUGCUCCACAGCAACAACUCCUCGAGGUCCCCGGCGAGCUGCCCUGCGCCGCCGGCCACCAGCGGUGGUCUGCAGGAAAUCACGCGCGCGGGGAACGAGUGGUACAAGAAGGGCCGCUACGCCGAGGCGCUGCGGCACUAUGACCGUGCCGUGGGGCUGUGCCCCGACAGCGCAGCGUGCCGCUGCAACCGCGCCGCCGCGCUCAUCGGGCUCGGCCGCCUAGCAGAAGCGUUCCGCGAGUGUGAGGAGGCUGUCCGCCUCGAUCCGGCCAGCGGCCGUGCGCACGGCCGCCUCGCCGGAUUAUGCCUCCGGCUUGGGAUGAUUGAGAAGGCAAGGACGCACUUCACACUGGCUGGAAGUGUAAACCAGUCUGAUCCUGUUGAGUGGCAGAAGCUGCAUGAGGUGGAAAUCCAUCAAGGGAGAUGCAUGGAUGCAAGGAAAAUUGGAGAUUGGAAGAGUGCACUCAGGGAAGCCGAUGCAGCCAUUGCUAUUGGAGCGGACUCCUCUCGAUUGCUUCUUGCUUUGAGGUCGGAAGCACUGCUUCGGUUGCACAAAUUAGAGGAAGCUGAUUCGACUAUUACAAGCUUAUUGAAAUUGGAUAAUGCAUCAUUGCCUUCAACACCAACCAAAGUCUCAGGCAUGUCAGCUGACUCUUAUGUCCAUAUCGUCCAAGCCCAGGUCAACAUGGCAUUUGGAAGGUUUGAUUCAGCUGUUGCACUGUCUGAGAAGGCUAAGCUUAUUGAUCGUGUGAGCUCAGAGGUUGAAGUGAUCCUAAAUAACGUGAGAUUAGUCGCAACGGCUCGAGCCCAGGGGAAUGACCUUUUUAAGGCAGGCAAGUUUGCUGAAGCAUCUGUAGCCUAUGGUGAAGGGCUGAAAUAUGAGCCCUCAAAUCCAGUACUAUACUGCAAUCGGGCAGCUUGCUGGUCAAAGCUGGGUCGGUGGGCACAAGCUGUCGAGGACUGCAAUGAGGCCCUAGGAGUCCAACCUAACUACACAAAGGCUCUGUUAAGACGUGCAGCGUCCUAUGCAAAGCUUGAACGUUGGGCUGAUUGUGUGCGGGACUAUGAGGUGCUUCGCAAGGAUCUUCCUGGUGACACGGAGGUUGCAGAGUCCUUGUUCCAUGCCCAGGUUGCAUUAAAGACAGCCCGUGGAGAGGAGGUAUCCAAUAUGAAGUUUGGAGGGGGAGUUGAAGAAAUUACCAGCUUAGAGCAACUCCAAGAUGCUAUCCAUUCACCCGGUGUAUCCGUUCUUUACUUUAUGGCUACAUCGAACAAGCAAUGUGCACAAAUUACCCCAUCUGUGGACUCCCUUUGCUCUGAGUGCCCUGCAGUGAAUUUCCUGAAGGUAAAUGUUGACGAGAGCCCUCAGCUAGCAAGGGCAGAGAAUGUGCGUGUAGUCCCAAGCUUCAAGAUUUACAAGGAUGGCACGAGAGUGAAGGAGAUGAUCUGCCCUAGCUUACAGGUCUUGCGCUAUUCCGUGAGGCAUUAUGCUGUCUCUAGUUCUUGAGGUCUGGUAUUCAGUUCAUUGGUCCUGUUGGUGUCACCUGCCAACAUUUCACCAACAAAUUUGUCCCUAUAUAAUAUCAAAGCCUCCACAGCAUUUCACCAGCUUGGUAUAACCCCCUAUUAGGCAUAUUGAGCAAUCUUGCUAUACAAAGAAGGAACCUCCUCUAGUAUCGUGCAUUUCCCCCCUUCCAUGUGGUCUUAGUCCUUGUGUCACUUAGGCUCCUCCCAUUGCAACUAUUUCUAGCCACCAUUUAACCCAGCUUAAGCAAUUCUUCCAUCUCAUGCAUCGCUUGGCUUCGUGCCUAAAUGAUAAGUCCAACUCCUGAAGAAAAGGCUCCCUGUGGUGCUCCUUGGAUGCAUGCUGUUGUUAGAGAGGAGAAUAGGUAAAGGGCUGGCUGGUUCCUUGUUACAUGUACAUAUAUCCCAUAUAGCAAUACAUCAAACCCAUUGAUAGAUUGGUUGGUUGUGGAGAAAAGGUGGUACCAGAUUCGGAUUUGGAGUCGGUGGAUGAAGAGUACAGGUCUAGCUGCCAUUGUAGAGAGGGAGAGAAUAGAUGAAUUGUGUUAUUGGUAUGGUAUGUAUAGAGAGACAAAAGAGGGAGGUGGCUGGUGUGGUUCAUGUCAUUUGCAUAUAGUAUAUGCCUUUCUGGUGGUCUGUGGCGCUGAUACUUAUAUACUAUAUAUAUAGUUCAUGCUGACAUUUGUUUCUAUGAAUAAAAGAUAUCUCGAUUCUUUCC